ACGGAGGGCAGGGGCCCUGAGAGCCUGACCUCAACAUUUGGAAACCACUGGAAUGGACACAGGUCAAAAGACAAGCCUAGGACACGUGAACUCUUCAGAUAAGUCUCUACAGGUUUUAUUCCAGAGAAGCUGUGUCCUCAUUUCUGUAUGAAUGUUCCAAGUUUAUUUCAUUUUACCUUCUUACUGAAUGCCCGAACACUAUCGUGGAGACCAUGGAUUCUGAGAAAGCAGCAAUUUUACAUGCCCAGAGCACCUUUACUUCAGGCAGCAGGAAAGAAGAACUCUUCCAAUCUCCUUGGACUAACUGAGGCAGAAUUGCAAGAACAGUUUGUAAGAGGUGAUGGCCCAGGAGGUCAAGCCACAAAUAAGACAAACAACUGUGUUGUCUUGAAGCACAUCCCAUCUGGGAUUGUAGUGAAGUGUCAUCAAACAAGAUCAGUGGAGCAGAACCGAAAGAUAGCCAGAGAAAUCCUGCAGGAAAAAGUUGACCUCUUCUAUAAAGGUGAAGACAGUGAUGUUUUUAAAGAGAAGAAAGCAUCAGAGAAGAAGAAGCAAGAGAAAAAAAGAAGAGCAAAAGAAAACCUAGAAAGGAAAAGGCAUUUUAAAGAGAUGCAACAAUUGGAUAAGAAAUAAACAUGUGAAAUACUGACCUGCCCUAGCAGGGUAAGGGAAGCAUUUGUCAUUACACCUAAACACACUUUUCAAACCAACAGACAAUGGAGCUCUUGAAAAGCACAACUGAAAUACUGAUCUAUGAGCUGCUGUUGCUGUAAAACCCAAGUGAUAAAAGCAGGCAUGCAGUCCUACUUCUGUCUGCCAUCAUCUUGUUCAUCACACUUGGCAAUCAGUUUUUCAAGUGACAAACCAAUCCUAGUUAAAAAGGAAUGAUGAACUUUCCAUCAUUGUUAAUGGAGACAAAAAAAAAAUAAAAAAAAAAUCAAUAGCUCUCCUCCAGCCCAGAUACCUUGUGAUUUUUGGUAGGAGUUCCAAUACAUAUGGAGAACAGCCCUAAAAGGUCUUAGCUUUCCCUCCCUACUCGGGCAAUGCCUCUACUGACACAAAUCCUUUAUCCACAGUGACCAGGUAAACAGACAUGCUGGUAGAGGGACACUAGUUGCCUCCUUCAGAUCUGUUAGCUGAACAGAUCCUGUCCUACAAUGCUCUGUCCUGCUCGAUUCCAAAUGAAGUUCAAACAGAAGCUUUACAAAUCUUACCUGGAGUGGUGCUGAGCACUGGGGGAAGGUCCUGCAAGUGGGGGCUGCUCAGUCAUCUUCCUCCAGUUCAAAGGUAAAUUGAGAUCAAGAAGGACACAUGUUGGAAGCUGCCUCUCAGGGCAGCAGAAUCCAGUUCACCCAGGCUGUGAAUCUUUGCCUCUUCCUCUAUUCAGGAAUCCAUAGCUCCGUAUGUAUUCAAUAUCCCCAUUAUCCCAUCUUCCUUAGGAUUUAGAUUGGAUUGUACAGUAGUGAACUACAGCCACUUAUUAUGUUUAUGCUGAGCUGCAGUUAUACUUGGGCCUUUUGGUAUCUUCACUUAUUUUGACACUUCCCCUUUUCAUGCCAACACAGGCAGCUGCUUCUCCUUUGAUACUGUAACUUUGGAGCCACUACUAAAGAACACUUUCCCUUUUAAGUUCCUGUUAAGGACUCUUAAUUACUUAACCAGAACUUCUCUUUAAUUUUUGGACAACCACUCAGUAUUUUGAAAGCAAUGGAGACUACAAGCAACUACAACUGCAGGCCUGUUCCCUGGUCUGUCCCUGAACUUCUGCCUCCUGUAUGGAAGUUAAACCUUUAUCUGCUGAGAGCUCUUGAUCCUUGAGUACAAAUCUGAUUUAAAUGACUGUCCAUAGUUUUAAUACAAAUUGUUAAUGAAAAUAAGCUUUAUUACGUCAAGUAAUAAAUACAUAAAAAGAUGCAAAUAA